UUUUCGACGGGGUACUGCCCGAUUUUCGGGUCUUCAUGCUUCGACGGAGUCCAGGUGCAGGACAGCGCGACGUACCGCUGCUGGCGGAAGGCGUUGAUCGACCGGCGGGGCAGCUCGAGCCUUUGGCUGGAGACACUGGAAGCUGCUGAUGGAAGAGAGAGACUUAACAUGCUCUUGCUGGUUGCACUCAUUACCUAUUUCGACGAACUACGAGACGAUGGAUGCGUGAUAGCGCCGGCUAAGCUAAAGAAAUACGGCCCCGCAGACGCUUUGCAAACCCUUGGGGACGGAUCUGCUCGAAAGGCGAAAUUGUUUUUCCAUCUCACCGUGGUUACCGGUCCGCCCACGUUGCGGUCCAUACACAUGCGUGUGUCCCGUUACAGCUUGCCCUGCAUGGCGGACCAAGAUAUGUAG